AGCGAGCCAGCUUCCUUCCUUCCUUCCUUUCCUCCGAGCACGUAUGCAUCCCAUUGACUGGACCUAGUCCUAGAUCGAAGCCUUGGAUCUCCAAGCUCAGGAUCAACAUCUAUGUUUUCCUGUCGGUCUGAUAUACAGAAUGUCCUGUCCGACAGCUCGAUCCCUCUGAGUCCGGCUACUUACAGUGAAAUUUGCUUGUGGUAAUUGCAUUCCAGUAGACUCGGUAGUGAGUGAUCUCCAGCAGAAGUAUUAUCAAUAUCAAUAUCAAGAUGAUGACAUUGGGAGGUGCUUCAAGAGGGGAAGGAUUGGGACCGGGGGAACUCCCGUCUUCUGCAGGUGGAGAAAGAGGAGACAUGGAUCCUUCGUCGACUGAGAUGGUGGCUCUGGAAGCAGGAGAAGGAGGCGGAGGAAAGUUGAGCGCAGAAGCUCUGGAGAUGGAGGAGCGGGAGACCUUUCUGACCCGAGGCUGGAGGCAGGCGAAUUUCGCACCAUCUCUCGUGGAGGUUCAUUCGAGUGUCAAGUGGCCAGAGGCGGGAUCCCCGUGGUACAAGAAGGUGCUCGCUCUUGUUGGGCUCGGAUUCAUGAUCAGCGUUGCGUACAUGGAUCCUGGCAACUGGGCCACGGACCUCGAAGGAGGUGCAAAGUAUGGCUACACUCUUCUGACUGUAAUUCUCCUCUCCAACCUCUGCGCCAUCUUCCUCCAGUCACUGUCUCUAAAACUUGGAGUGGUGGCCGAGAGAGACUUGGCUCAAGCUUGCCGAGAUGCAUACCCCAAGUAUGUGGUCUACUUUCUCUGGGUGAUCAUCGAGAUUGCCAUAGCUGCCACCGAUCUCGCCGAGGUUAUCGGCUCCGCCACAGCUCUCUACCUUCUGUUCAAAAUCCCCAUUUGGGCCGGGGUGCUCAUCACUGCCGUGGACACAUUGUUCAUCCUCGUCUUCGGAAUAAGAAGCUUCAGGUUUCUGGAGUUCAUCGUCGGUGGCAUGGCAUUCCUGAUAGCAGGCAUCUUCGCUUACGAGCUAGCGGUGGUGAAGCCCGAGUGGAGCAAGGUGGCCAAGGGGUUGGUGCCAGAUCCGAUCAUUCUCCAGGAUGCAAGCAUGCUGUACACUGCGAUUGGAAUUCUGGGAGCCACCGUCAUGCCUCACAGCCUCUUUCUGCACUCCAGCAUUAUUCAGACCAGAGCGUACCCACGAACCAAAGAGGGCAAGAAGAUGGCCAUUAAAUAUGGACGAUGGGACUCCAGCGUUUCGUUGAUGCUCGCCUUCUUUGUGAAUUCGUCGAUCCUCAUUCUCGCAGCUGCAGCUUUUUACUACGGCCCCAAUCCCAACCGAGACGUGGCUAAUAUCACCGAUGCUUACGAGCUGCUGGCUCCCGCGCUGGGAAGUCAAGCUGCAAAGAUCUUGUUCGGAGUUGGUUUGUUGGCCAGUGGGCAGAAUUCGACCAUCAUCGGUACCCUGGCUGGUCAGAUUGUCAUGGAGGGAUUUCUGAAGAUCCGAGUCAAGCCAUGGAUCAGAAGGUCCAUCACUCGAGGAAUUGCUGUAAUUCCUGCCACCAUCGUGGCUGCUGUUGGGGGCAACGCUGGAGCUGGAAGGCUGUUGGUAAUGAGCCAAGUGCUUCUGUCACUGACAUUGUCAUUCGCUGUUAUUCCCCUCGUUCACUUUACCAGCUCGACGGCGAAGAUGGGACCGAGCUUCGUCAAUGGCCGGAUCGUGAAAGUAGUGGCGUGUCUCGUCGCCACCAUCAUCGCGGGACUGAACAUUUUCCUUCUGUUUCAGAGCAUAAAGCAAAAUGAGUUCGGCAGUUCCAGCGGGGUCUGAUUUCUCGAGACAUGCAUGGACUUCUGCUGAGAUUCAUGCCGAUGCCUCCAGCAGCAGCUCUUGAAGUCUCCAUGUCAGAAAGUUAUGGCAUAUAUACGUGCUUGCUAUGUCAAAGUUGGAAGGAGUACUGCACUCCUUCUCGAGACUUGUAAUCGCCCAGACAUAGCAUCGAUCUAGGAAUCUUCCCUUGUAUCCAUUCUCGAUUGCGAUUGACCACGAUUGCGCAUUCACUGGCGCUGGAGACAUGCAGAUUCAUGAGCUGAAGCACUAGCUGGAAUAUGGAUCGAGGUCAGGGAGAGUACAUGUUAGGCUGCGACUGAAACCUUAAAUAAUAGAUCUUCUUCCAAGAAAAGAAGAUUCCAGUGUGACAGGCAUAGUAUGGCGUUUCUGAACACUGCAUAAAGCUUACACGGGAGGUAAGCGGGAGCUUAUUCUCAUGAUAAGGUUCCACCAUUAUUCAUCAAUGUACUUCUGGAGACAUGCAGAUUCAUGAGUUGAAGCACUAGCUGGAAUGUGGAUAGAGUUCAGUGAGAGUACAUGUUAGGCUGCGAUUGAAACCUUAACUGAUAGAUCUUCUCUACCUCUAUUCUACUUAUUAGCUCAAAGCCUAGAUUUGUCAUGGUCGUGAUAGUAAGAUUCAAACCUCCUGUUCUUAUAUCAUAUCAUUACGGAUGUACCGA